AUGUUACUUACAAAAAUGCGCGAUAGUAAAGGCCCAUUGACGGCUAAGUCGAAUAAUACAACUAAUACUGGUUAUGGAUCACAUCAUCAAAAUACAAGUGGAAUAGACCUUCGCGAUAUGGAUGCAUCAUUUGGUGACAUUGGAUUAAGUAUUACAUCAAAACCUUUAGCAAAAGUUCAGAAAUUAUCCGUUCAAACAGUUCUUAAUGGAUCAUUUCCACGAGUAAGUGAUAAACAACAAUCAACAUCACUUGUAACAGGUAUUACACGAAGUGGAAAAUCAUUUAAUAUAUUAAAUCAAACACCGAAUCAUGAUUCUUCAUUACCAUUUUUAAAUAAUUCAGUUGGAUCACCAGGAACAUCAGCGCGACUACAUCAUACAGCUGCUCAUCAUCAUUCUCAUCAUCAUCAUCAUGGUGCUGCAGCAGCUACAGCACGAAGUUUGCGAAGAGAAAGAACACGAGAAGGAAGUCUUAAAUCCACAUCCAAAGAUACAGACAUUACAAGCAGUCAUCAUUUAUUUCAACAACAACAACAUCAUCAUCACUCUCAUAAUACAAGUGGUUCUUCGAUUGUUUCUAGUUCUCAUCAAUUUUCUCGAUCAAAAAGUUUUUUUACUAAUACAUCAUCUGAUAGCAUUAACAAACCUCCAAGUUUUCCAAUGAAACCAUCUGAAGCUUUAACAUAUUAUGGCGAUAAAUUAACUGAAUUCGAAAAAACUGAAAUAUUUGAUUUCAAUGAAAUCUAUUUUCUUGGUUUAGAAGCUGAAAAAAUUUCAGCAACAAAUGUUAAAGAUUAUGAUGAUGAAAAUGGCUCCUAUAUGAAAAUGAGUAAAGAUCAUAUUUGUUAUCGAUUUGAAAUCUUAGAAACACUGGGCAAAGGUUCAUUUGGUCUUGUUCUUCGUUGUUAUGAUCAUAAAAAAAAAGAAGCUGUUGCAUUAAAAAUAAUUCGAAAUAAAAAACGCUUUCAACAACAAGGUCUUGUUGAAGUUAAUAUAUUAGCACAUUUAAAAACAUUAGAUUCCGAUAAUUCAUUAAAUAUUGUUCAUAUCAAAGAACAUUUUUAUUUUCGAUCUCAUCUUUGUAUUACAUUUGAAUUACUCGGGAUUAAUUUAUAUGAACUAAUUAAAAAGAAUAAUUAUCAAGGUUUUAGUGUACAUUUAGUCAGACGUUUUGCUAAUUCACUUUUACAAUGUCUUCGUGUUAUGUUUAGAGAAAAAAUCAUUCAUUGUGAUCUUAAACCAGAAAAUAUUUUAUUAAGACAAAAAGGAAGCAGUAGUAUUAAAGUUAUUGAUUUUGGAUCUGGAUGUUUUGAAUCACAGAGAAUUUAUACUUAUAUUCAAUCUCGAUUUUAUCGAGCACCAGAGAUUAUCUUAGGUAUUCCCUAUACACCAGCGAUUGAUAUGUGGAGUUUUGGUUGUAUUCUUGUCGAACUUUUUACUGGCUAUCCUAUAUUUCCUGGUGAAAAUGAACAAGAACAAUUGGCGAUGAUAAUGGAAGUUAUUGAUUUACCACCAAGUCAUGUACUUGAACAAGGAACACGAAGAAAAUUAUUCUUUGAUUCAAAAGGAGUUCCUCGAACAGUGUCAACAAAAACAUUAAAAAAACGUCGCCCAGCUAGUCGUCCACUAGGACAAAUUCUUCGAACAACUGAUAAUAAUUUUAUUGAUUUUAUUCGUCGAUGCUUUGAAUGGGAUCCUAUUGAACGUUUGACACCUGAGGAAGGUCUUCGUCAUCCGUGGAUUGUUGAAACAAAAUUAAAACGAUCAUCACAUGAACCACGAACACGAUAUAAAGCAAAAAAAGAAGAUAAUAACAACAACACUACGAAUCAUAAUACAUCAACAAUAAAUGGAGACUCAUAUUUUAGUUUAAAUGAAACAACCGGUCAUGAAGAUACUGUUGCAAUUGAAGAAGAUAAACAAAUAAGAAAUGGUGGAUCAUCAACAAUGUUUCCUCGAAUCUCUAAUCAAUAA